AUGCCGAUCCGCUUUGCCCCGCUGCGCCUCCCGCUGCGGCGCCGGCUGCAGACCGCCGCGGUCCUGCAAUGGGUCUUCUCCUUCCUGGCGCUGGCCCAGUGCUGCCUGGCCCUGUUCCUGCUGGCGCUGCUGGGGGAGCUCUGGCUGCCCGCCCUGCUCUACGCUGCCUGGCUCUACCUGGACCGGGAGACCCCGGCCCGCGGGGGGCGCCGCUCGCCCUGGGUCCGCCGCUGGGCCGUGUGGCGGCACUUCCGCGACUAUUUCCCCAUCACGCUGGUGAAGACGGCGCCCCUGGACCCCUCCCGCAAUUAUCUCUUCGGGUUCCACCCCCACGGGGUGCUGGUGGCCGGCGCCUUCGGGAACUUCUGCACCGAGGCCACGGGGUUCGGGGAGCUGUUCCCGGGGCUCACGCCCCACCUGCUCAUGCUGCCCUUCUGGUUCCGCCUGCCCCUCUUCCGCGACUACAUCAUGAGCGGGGGUCUGGUCUCCUCGGACAAGGCCAGUGUCUCCUAUCUCCUGGGCCACGAGGGCGGGGGGCAGGUGGCUGUGAUCGCAGUGGGGGGCCCCCCUGAGUCGCUGGAAGCCCGGCCCGGGGCACUGACCCUCCAGAUCCUCAGCCGCAAGGGGUUCAUCAAGGCAGCCCUGCAGCAUGGCGCCGCCCUGGUGCCCGUGUUCUCCUUCGGGGAGAACGAGCUGUUCCACCAGGUGCCGAACCCCCGGGGCUCGCUGGUUCGGGCCGUCCAGGAGCGGCUGCAGAAGCUCAUGGGGCUGGCGCUGCCCCUGUUCCACGCCCGCGGUGUCUUUCAGUACAGCUUCGGCCUGCUGCCCUUCCGGCGCCCCAUCCACACCGUGGUGGGGGCGCCCAUUCUGGUGCCCAGGACGCCCUGCCCGUCCCACCAGGCCGUCGACCGGCUCCACGCCACCUACCUGGAGCGGCUCAUCGCACUCUUCGAGGAGCACAAGACCAAGUAUGGUGUCCCCCCGGAGAAGCACCUCAAUCUCAUCUAGGGGUGCUGGGCCCCGGGCAGCUCUUAUUGGUUCCCCCCCAUGGGGAGCCCUUGGAGGCUUGUUUUGGUUCCCCCUUCAGUGGGGAGGGGGUCCUACAGGGGGAACUUGGAGGAACCCCAACCCCCUGGGCCAGGCUGGGCUGCUCCCUGCCCCCCCCUCUGUUGCCCCAGGGUCUGGCUGCCCAUCAGCAGGGGUGUGGGGCAGGGGAGGGGCUGUGGGGUGUGCUGCCAGCCAGCCUUGCUCUGAGUCAGGGGGUGUGGGGGGGCAGAGACAGCCCUUUCUCCUGCCCCCCUGGAUUCACCCUACUGCAAUAGGGCAGUGGUUGUGCAACUGUGGCUCUGGGUCCCAGGGCUGUCUGGGCAGCAUCUGCCCCCCCACCCCCUGGCCUGGUGCCAGCCCCCUGGUUACUGGGCCAGACUGUAACUCCAGCCCCACGGGGCAUGCAAUAAAAGACCUUCCUGUGUAA